AGAAACAACUAAAAAAUAAUUAGGAAAAACCAACAAAUAGAGGAAAAGAAGGGAAGGCCAUUGCCAAAGAGGAAAAGUUAGUAAGCUUCCCCAGUUAGUUUUCUCACUUUAUCUGUAUAAUCAUUCAGCUCAACUUUCCCAAACUUCACUAGGGUUUCUACCUCUUUUUGCCCCUUUCUGCAAUCGCUGACACACACUCAUGUAGCUCAGCUGAAUGGGUUCUGGGAGCUGAUUCUUGAGCACUCAGCUUUGUUUCGUUUUCUGACGAGUGAUCUUGGGAAGUUUCUUUGGAUUUGGAUUUGGGUUCCUCAGGUAUCGAUGUACUGAUCUGACCACCUCUCAUUUAUAACUCUUGAUUAACCUGUGGGGUUGUAUCACGAGUUUCCAUGUUGCCUGACGGUUAGUGGGUGUUAUGGAUUGUGUAAAAACUGCUACUCGGCUCAAGGGUUCUUGGUUCCAUUGGUUACUACAAUUUACCAUCUGGCUGUGUAGCUUUGAGAAUGUGCUGGCGCUGGAGACACCACAGGAGUCGAGUCACAUUUCUUCAGCAUCUACGUUAGCUAGCCCACCGAAAAGCGGAAUUUUUAAACCCAUUGAAAUAUCACCCACGGUUAUUCCACAUUAUUCAUUUCCUGGUGGCGCUUUGCCACCAAUGUACCCUACCUAUCCAAGUACAUACGAGCCGGUCUUGACUGGACGAUGCCCUGUAAAUUUUUCUGCAAUUUCGAGUAUAAUGGAAAAAACAGCAUCUGAUUGUAACCAGCCGUUAGCUGCAAUAGUAGGGAACGUUAUAUGCUGCCCACAGUUCAGUAGUUUGCUCCACAUAUUCCAGGGAUUCUAUAGCACCAGUUCUGAUAAUUUAGUUUUACAGAAUGCUGCUGCAGAUGAUUGCUUUAAAGAUAUUGUCAGUAUAUUAGCCAGCAGAGGAGCAAACAGUUCAAUACCAACUAUCUGCUCCACAAAGUCUUCAAAUCUCACUGGUGGCUCAUGUCCCGUGAAGGACAUAAAAACUUUUGAGAAAACAGUAAACACGAGCAAAUUAUUAGAGGCUUGCAGCUCAAUUGAUCCUCUUAAAGAAUGCUGUAGACCAAUCUGUCAGCCAGUUAUUAUGGAGGCUGCACUGAAGAUCUCAGGAAUGCAAUCAUACAUGAACGAUAAUAAGAAUGCUGUUGGAGUGUCAGAUCAGGUUAAUGUACUUAAUGAUUGCAAAGGGGUGGUUUUCUCAUGGAUUUCAAGGAAACUUCCUCAUGAUUCGGCAGACAAAGUAUUCCGAAGAUUAUCUGCCUGCAAAGUUAACAAAGCUUGUCCUUUGGAUUUGAAGCAGCCAUCAGAAGUAAUUGCUGCAUGCCGGAAUGUUGCUGCUCCAAGUCCGUCAUGUUGUAGCACACUAAAUACAUACAUAGCUGGAAUACAGAGGCAAAUGUUAAUAACGAAUCGGCAAGCAAUUAUAUGUGCAACCGUGUUUGGCUCCAUGUUGCAGAAGGGUGGUGUGAUGACAAAUGUUUAUGAACUUUGUGAUGUGGAUUUAAAAGAUUUUAGUCUCCAAGCAUAUGGACAAGAAGGGUGUUUACUACCAAGCCUACCUGCAGAUAUGGUGUAUGAUAAUUCAACAGGCUUCAGCUUUACUUGUGAUUUGAGAGACAACAUUGCAGCUCCAUGGCCAUCAUCGUCAUCCAUGACAUCAAUCUCUCUUUGUGCUCCAGAGAUGUCUUUGCCCGCACUACCUAAAUCAGAGACUUUCGGUAACCCUGGAUGCCGCGGAGGUGGAGUGGAUCUCCUUGUACCCAUUCUUUCAAUUUUUGUUUUCAGUACACUAUUGUUUUAAUCACAUUUUUAGCUGAGCUCUGAGCCCAUUCUGAGUUAGAUCGAGGGCUUUAGAUUUAUGUUGUGAGCUUGUUGUAUGUAUAUUUUGAGCUUGUUUCUUGUAUAGUAAUAGCUUUCUUGUCUUUC